AGCCAGCAACAACAAAUAUAACAAAAACACAUCUCCAAGAUCCUCAAAGUCUCUCCAUGGCUCAUGACUACGCACCGCCAUCGAUAGGAUCGGAUUUCCAUAACCUCCGAACACCACCGAUUCCCAGUUUCCUGGAAAUGGAUCCAAGCAUGGAUCACUUUCACUUCACGGAUCAGCUGAAUAAUCCUACACCAACAACCACUAUCCUAGACGCAUCAUCAGUUAUCCUCCCUUCAACCUUAAACUUCCAGAAUCAUCCCAUGAUUUUCCCUGAGUUUGCGGGAAGCUUGGCGGACACUUUUCCUGGAAUAGUGUUCCACCCAGCCGGAGAGCAGGUUCCGGGGCUUGCUCCCCACACGGUGCCAGCGAUGGGAAAUGAUCAGCUCUGCGAGUCGAGAAAGAGGAAGGCUGCUGAUGCUUCCGAGAGCAGCUCCGGGGUCUCGUCCCAUUCUCCACCUGCUUCUGGUUUGGGGGCUAAGCGGAAGACCGGCUCGGGAAGAUCAAAGAGGAUGAAGAACAGUGAGAAAGUAGAAGAACAUCAAGAAGAGAAACGAAAGGAAGUGGUCCAUGUCAGAGCUCGAAGAGGACAAGCCACUGAUAGCCACAGUUUAGCCGAAAGGGUGAGAAGAGGGAAAAUCAAUGAGAGGCUCAGAUGCUUGCAAGACAUUGUCCCAGGAUGUUACAAGACGAUGGGGUUGGCAGUGAUGCUGGAUGAGAUAAUUAACUAUGUGCAGUCCUUGCAGAAUCAGGUUGAGUUCCUAUCAAUGAAGCUCACAGCAGCAAGUUCAUUCUAUGACUUCAACUCAGAGUCAGAUGCUAUUGACAAAAUGCAGAGGGCAAUGGCAGGGGAAGCAAAAGAGUUGCAGAGGAUGGCUAGAGAAGGGAGCAAUGGAUCAGGACAUCAAUCUAAUAACUUCCACUCAACAUCAUCACCAUGGCACCCCUAAGGCUGGCUUACUACAUCUAUGGUUUCCCAAUUGCCAAUACAAACAGAUCAAGAAGAAGAAGAUUAAUUAGUCUUCAAGAUUACAUAUAUAUAUCUUUUCACACCAUGAGAAAGAUUCAUUCUUGUAACCUUAACCUCAUUAAUUUGAGGGCAUUUGAUCAUAUACAGAAGUAAAAAAGGGGAAAGAACAACUUUAAUUGUGUAUGGAGUUGCUCGGUCGUGUUAUCGGUUUUUACUCGCUAGGUUAAGAUUAUUAGGCGUGUUUGUCGAUAUGUUGUAUUAAUUGAGAAGAUUACGUACA